AUGAAGAUAUGUUGUAAAUAUCCAGCGUCACUCCCAUUCUGUACAAUUGAACUACUUACUGUUGUAGAAGAAAAACGCGGCUCUGAGCCACUACGCGUACGCAGUUCGAUGGCGAAAUUUAGAAGGAGCAUCCAAGAUCUGAGUCAUCUCGAAUUCGGACGCACACCGAGUAUCCCGAAGGGAACCGACAUCCCGGCAUAUGACAUAAGUGAGGCCUCAAUUCCCAAUAGUUUUCAGCACAAUGGUGUCUCUUCUAUUUCAACAAAUGCUUUAGAAGUUCUGGUGCACACGCAGGCCAACCGAACUUUCAACGUGAAAUUGGACCGCUCCUUACUCAUUGGGCAGCUCUCAUAA